AUGGCAGGUUGCUGGAUAAGCUGUGGAACACUGGUCAAAAUUUUUAUGCGUAUUCACUCUGAGGAGGAUGUGGAGAGGCUUAGGGCUGAUCUUAAUGCUUUGAGCGGCUGGGCGUGCGAAAAUGUCCUGGUCAUAAACGCGGACAAGAGCCAGGUAGCGUCAUUUUAUAGGGGCAGGACACAACUACAGUUCCAGUAUGAACUUGAUGGAUCGGCUAUUGCUCGCACGGAAGUGGUUAGGGACUUGGGGGUUUUAUUUGACUCGCGCUUGACUUUCGCACUUUAUGCGGAUCACGUGGUCUCUAGGUGUGGGCUGAUCGGAUUUGUAAAGCGAACUACUCGAGACUUUUCCAACAUAUCUGCUAUAACUUAUCUUUACAAUACUCUGGUCAUGCCUACUUUCAUUUAUUGUUGUCAAAUUUGGUCACCCUAUACUCAAAUUGCCAUCAACCAUUUAGAUUCCGUUCAGCAUAAAUUUAUUCGUUACCUGGCGUAA